CAAUUGCUUUCAUUAGUUACAUAAGAUUUCUACUAUACUUCGGACGAAACAAUUAGAAUUAAAAGAGAUAGCUGUGAAAAAUUGUAAAUAUACAAAAAUUUAAACAAAUGGUUUGAAAAGAUCGAAGAAUUAUGCCUCCAGUAAUUCCUGCGGCAAAAAAUUGGAAGGAAACCAAUCGUUUACUUAAGGAACAACGGAAAAAAUGGCGGGAAGAGAGGUUAGCAAAAAAGUUGAAGAAAGAAGAGGCUAAGAAAGAAUUACAGAAAGAAAUAGAAAAACCCGUUAAGCAACAUUUUGAGAAAAAAGACAUUUCAACUGUGAGCAUUGCAGUUCCUGGUUCAAUUUUAGACAAUGCCCAGUCUCCAGAGUUACGAACGUAUCUGGCAGGUCAAAUAGCACGUGCAGCAUGUGUUUACAAGAUAGAUGAAAUUAUUGUUUUUGACGAUAAAGGAGAAGUACUUGAAAAUGAAAAGAGAAAAGUAAUAAAUGACGAAGCAUUAGGUGAAAGACGAAUCGGAUGUUUACAAUUGGCUAGAAUAUUACAAUAUUUGGAAUGUCCACAAUAUUUAAGGAAAUUCUUUUUUCCAAUUCAUAAAGAUUUGCAAUAUGCUGGAGUACUAAAUCCUUUGGAUGCCCCACAUCACUUGCGACAACAAGAUGUGUCUCUAUAUAGAGAGGGAAUAGUUACAAAUAAACCAGUUAAAAUUGGCAAUGGUUCUCAUGUGAAUGUGGGAUUGUUAAACGAUGUCUGUGUGGAUAAAGUGUUAACUAGUGGAUUAAGAGUUACAGUAAAAAUACCUGAAGGCCAAACAAAUCCAAAAAAAUUAAAAGGAUUUAUUGUACCUCCUGAUAUUCCUAAAUCAGAUAUUGGAAUAUAUUGGGGAUAUAAUGUGAGGUUGGCUAAUAAUCUUACAGAAGCAUUAACACAGUGUCCUUAUAAAAAUGGAUAUGAUUUGACAAUUGGUACUUCAGAAAAAGGAAACUCUAUUGAUGGAAUAGAGUCAAAAAGCAUGGAAUACCAUCAUGCUUUAAUAAUAUUUGGAGGAUUAUCAGGAUUAGAGGCUGCAGUAGACAGUGACCCUAAUUUAAAUCUAGAUGACACCUCUUUAGUGUUUGAUAAAUAUUUGAAUACUUGUCCUCAACAAGGAUCAAGAACAAUUAGAACAGAGGAAGCUAUUCUAAUUACUUUAGCAGAAUUAAGAACAAAAUUAUCUCCUAAAGUUCUACCAUUGCCAAGUGCUCAGUUUAACAGUUUUGUAAAUAAUGAAACUAUCUGUGUGGACAAAUGUAAGUAA